AUGUCGCCCGACUUCACUCUUGCUUUCAGUAUAUGCCCUCCGUUUUCCCUCUCCACAUCUCGCGGAGGAGGCAGAAGGGGACAUCGCUCUGCUUCUGUCCGCAAGGGCAACAACCAGGACGGGAGUCAAGACCUCACACCUACCCGCCCUCCCCUAGGCUGGGGCUCUGCGGGAGAGGGCGUUAAGGGCACGCUGUCACCCGACGCCAGGCCCUUGGUCGAAGCUCCUCAGCACAGUCUGGGUUGCGCGGACUGCCACCUCCGAGCCGACCGCCUGCUUGUGGCCCAAAUAAGAGCAUGUAGCCGGCUGCUUUCUCCGACUCCUUUUUUUUUUUUUUUAAAGUGUUCACAGGGUCACCAGAGCAGACGACGCGGGGGCGGCGGAGCUGCAGAGAAGCAAAAAACAACCAUCAGGGUUUCUUCUGUGUGGUUCUUUUCCGGUCCCCGUCUUCAUCGUCCAACCCCACGGAGAGUGCGGAGCAUUCGGGCGCGCGGCGGGUUUGGGGCUCCUCGCGGGCACGGAAGAAAAAAAGACCAAAUGGCAAAGCAACCUUCCGAUGUAAGUUCUGAGUGUGACAGAGAAGGUGGACAAUUGCAGCCUGCCGAGAGGCCUCCUCAGCUCAGACCGGGGGCCCCCACCUCUUUACAGACAGAGCGGCAAGGUAAUCCUGAAGGAGAAGGGGACCGCUGCCCCCAAGGCAGCCCGCAGGGCCCGCUGGCCCCACCGGCCAGCCCCGGCCCUUUCGCUACCAGAUCCCCGCUCUUCAUCUUCGUGAGAAGAUCCUCCUUGCUGUCUCGAUCCUCCAGUGGGUAUUUCUCUUUUGACACAGACAGGAGCCCGGCACCCAUGAGUUGUGACAAAUCCACACAGACCCCAAGCCCUCCUUGCCAGGCCUUCAACCAUUAUCUCAGUGCAAUGGCUUCCAUGAGGCAGUCUCAGGCUGUACCUGCAGAUACACGCCCAGAGAUAUGGAUUGCCCAAGAACUACGGCGUAUCGGAGACGAGUUUAAUGCAUAUUACCCAAGAAGGGUCCUCGUGCGUCCGCAGGCUGUCGAGGGCCGCCCGCAGAUGGUUCUCUUCCGCGUGCUGCGCUACAUCGUGCGCCUGGUUUGGAGAAUGCAGUGACGGCUCGCAGCGCUGAGCUCGUCUCGGCCGGCCAGCCCUGCAUGUGGGCUCUCGGUGCUCCGGCGCCCUUGGCGUGCAGCCCGCGGGCCUUCGCUGGAAGGGCGGGCGGAGAGCCAGCCGGCACGUCCCCGGAGGACACCACGCUGCAUCUGGACCUGACCUUUGUCUGUUCAUCACCAUGCGGCCGACUUUCCAACGGAAGCUUGUUGUGAAUGUAAAUGAGGGAGGGAUUCUCUUUUUUUAAAAACGACGUACAAAUCAUGGUUCUCUGGAGCAAGAUUUUAUGCAAGAAUGGUGUUUACAUGCAGGGUGUGUGUUUUUUUUUCCCACCUUUGAUAAGAGCAGGUUUUUCAAAAAGGAAAUGGAAACUUUUUAACCAACUCAUGAGUGAUUUUUGUACUAAAAUUUUAAGAACCUUUUGCCUACUCUCAGAGGAUUAUAUAAACUCUGCAGUGGAAACUGAGCCAGCUCAUUUAUAAAGCUGCCUUAGUUUAUUUUUAGAGGUCACCAUACAGCAUUUUUAAACAGGAGAGGUAUGACAUGGCUCCUCCCUUCCCAGUCAUUGCCUCUUGGACCCUUUUUUUUUUUUCUUUAAUCAUUAUUAUUAAUACCAAAAAAGUUUUUAUGAAAUGGAACUGGUAAAAGGGGCAGAGAGAGGUCCUGUGUCAGCCUGUAUUGACAUGCCACUCCCAUUGUGUAAAUACCUACUUACCUCCUUAAAAUUCAGUUGCAUCUGUGGCAAAAUUUUACUCUUGUGUGUGUGUGUUUUGCUUACAUCCUUUGGUGAUGCUCUUCCAGCCUGUCAGGGCACUGAUGAAUACAUUUAGUCCAGUGACUGUUUCCAUGGUCCGAGCCUGUAUCAGACAUAGGUCAGCCUGUCUCUUGGUAGCUUACCCACUGGGAAGUGCUCGCUGUCGGUUUUCGCCUGCUCUGAUGGACUUGUUCAGAAGUGCUCUGCAGAGGUUCAGGGCAGUCAUGAUGCCAGGUUUGCUGUCGGCUUUCCCGCCACACAGGGUGGGCUCUCGGCCUAAGGCUCCAGGGGACUGAUCUGCCCGCCUGUGGCCAGGUUCAGCUGCAGGGGGCCACACUCAAGCCCUCGUGAGAAUUGGCCGCGGCUGUGGCAGGGCUUUAAGCAGCUGUUUCCUGGGCAUCCUGGCUUUUCAUCCAACUCAGAGCUCAUCUGGCCUUCAAUGGCUCACACUUGGCUAACCGCUCUUUGAAGUAAAGGCUUCCUUCUGCUCUCAGCAGUUCUCAUAAAGAAUGCCAUCAUCAAAAAAAAAAAAAAGAAUGCCAUCAGACACAGGGAUGUCUGUCAGUUGUCCACCUCCUGGGACUGCUGGAUUUUGUCAGGCCCCCCUUCCUGCAGCCACUUCGGUUGGGGGUGCUCUUCCUUCACACCUGCCAGGAGGAUGGCAGAGAAUGGAAGCUCACGAGCUGGUUGGUCUUUUCAAAGGCAGUUAAACUACUGGGGAGAGCCAAGACAGACAACUGAGGAGCAUUGCAAGCGGGGAGGUGGGGGUCAUUCUGUGAACCCCAUCGCUCUUACAGUUUUUGAAACCUCAACUGAUUAAACAGCUUUUUUAAAAGACAUACAUGAUUUUUCAAACAAGUCAACAGUGCCAACAACAACUGUCAUGCUUGCUUUUGGCCCUUCGAGGACCAGUGUUUUUACCUUAUCGGUUGGAAAAAUUGAUUCUUUUUUGUAUCUUUAUAGUUUUAUAUAUAUAUAUAUAUAUGUUACAUAUAUACUUUUUCCUUAGGUAGAGAGAGAUUUGACUCCAAAUAUUUUUCCUUCCAAACAUUUUCUUUUCCCCAAGUAGCUUCUUGGGGUCUUGAAUUGUUUUAAAAGCUGUGUUGAGUCUCAGCCUGAGUCCUUUGACCCUUUGUCUUGAACCCCUCCGCUGGAUCCUCAAGUCCACGCAAGUGGUUAAGGCGGUCCAUGGAAUUGCAGCCGUGGGCCUGCUGGACACACACACACCAAAGACGUAUUUGGUUCUGGGACACUCCCCCCCAGGAUCUCCAUAUUCAUGGGCCAGUCUCUUGGACUGGAGCACUUUAUUCCUUCAGCACCAGUGCCCCGGGGGGCUGAGCGCUUGCUCACCCACUUGCAAGUUUACCUUGGGCUUGGGGGCCUGCAGGCCCCCUGGGCUGGCCGUGGAAGCAGCUGGUGAGGAAAUCAGAGAUUCUAUGAAUUGUAGAAGUAUUUAAAAUGAGGAUGUUGCCCCCGGGACUUGAGAGGUGACUAGACAUCCCUGUACUGUAUGUGUUGAUCACGAAGCCUCUCCCUGCAGAAGGUAUGCCCAUGGUUAGGUGUACCUUUGAUGUCUUUCUUUUCCUUCCUUUGACUUUUUGUAGAAAGCAAAAAUAAUUCGGUCCCUUGUUGGAAACUUAAUGCAGGUUUUGUGCCUUGACCACCUGGUCUCAUGUGACGUUUGUAGAAAGUGUCCUGUGAGUUUUCACAGAAAUACAAUAAACGCAUGAAAGUAACUUCAUGAGUGAAUUUGCAAAUUACCUGGACCCCUCCAUAGAACUGAAUUGAUAAAGAUUUUUUUUUGUUCCCUUGGUUAAAAAAAAAAAAAUGUACAUAGUGGGCUAUAGCUUUCUCCUGUUUCUCCUUCUUAAUAUUGUAUAUAUUUUUACUAUUUAUUAGAUUAGGAAGUCAUAUUUUACUUAUCAACUGAGCCAAAUGUCUGUGCAAUUAUGUGUCCUUUACUUUCUUGUAAAAUUUUGUACAGCCUAAAUGAGUAAAAGAAAAAAAAAAUCAGUUUUUACUAAACUUUUUCAGAAUUGAGGGAUGUAAAUAUUGUAGAUUCUUUUUCUAUGUAAUGUGUCCUACUGUUUCAUAAUGCUGUAACUUGUAGGAAUGUUGUAUAUUUAUUUCUGGCUUAUUUAAUGUCUUAAGUUCUGCAGAGUGUUGACCUCCCUUUCCCCUUUGCCCCCUGCUGUCCUGUUAACUGCUUUAACUCUUGAGGUGGUGACUGGUCAGCUCAUGGCAGGCCACUUGGUCUCCCCAGCAUGGCCCUCCAGCUUUGGUCCCUGGUAUUUCUAGUCCAGUGGGUUUGCUGUCCUCAUGAUGAGGGUUGUGUUUAGGCACCGUAAUGAGAGACCAGAAAUCUGAUAGGCUAUCAGAUUCUCCUCUAGAACUUUCCGGUGACUCUCUAAUUCCUGGACAGCUAGCUUUUCAUAGAAACAAGUGCUGUUAACUUCAGGCCAUAUCUUACAAAACAGAACACUUACUAUUAGCAGUGAGAAAGAUUUUUCCAUUGGAGAUUUACGCCUGACAGCUCAGUGUUCAGAGACACGCGCACGUCCACCUCUGCAGGUGCUGCCGUGAGACUGUUGAAGGCAGAGACCAGGCAGAUUGAACACCCUGGUUGACCAGUUGCCCUGCUUCCCAAGUGACUACUGGACCACCUCACACUACUAACCUUUGUUGGCAACUGAUAAGUAGUUGAAUCCCCCCCCCCCCCCCCAACUGUUCUCUGUGGCUUCCUUUGCUUUGAGGUGCAGACUCUACUAUGUAUCUUCAGGAACUAACUGUACAGGCCCGUACCCUCUCCCUAACCCUGAACCAUUUGGUCCCAGCAUUUGAUCCACCUGCGUCUUCAGGGUGACACCUUCCUUCUGCUUCUCCAAAGCCUUCAAGCAAGGGUCUGAACCCCACUGGCCUGGGUGCAAAGAGGUGAAAGCUUGAAAGAGAUUUUCUAGCGGUUCUGUGUUGAUGGCUUUGUCACCCCUGCUGAUUUAGCUUGGUGCCUGUGUGUGUCCAUUCUGCACACACGUGUGCAGUGACAUGACCACACGUGUCGCUAAACCAGCUGGGGUAACACCUGUCCUGCUCCGGACGGCAUCGUGUGUAAGAAGCACCCUCAAGCUCCCAGCUGAAUAACUUGACUACUUCGAUUUGGGGAUUUCAGACCUUAGAAGCUCUCUCUAAUUUGUACGUCCAGGUUCUGUGACCACUAGUUACUGUAUCAGAACUCAUCAGGUACUCAUUUAUAAAUAGCACUGAUCUGUCUGUAACUUUUCACUAGGACCCAGCGUAUGUAGCAUUUGUAUUGCAGUUUCCCUGGCUUGUGUUUUGCACUGAUGGAUUUUGACAGGGUAAUUGCCACUUUACUUGUGCAAUACUGCUGUAAAUAAUUGCAGAUUUUUUUUUUUUUUAAGAAACCCAAUCUUUUAUGUUCGUAAUGAAUUUUAUAUAAAUAAAACUUUCAAUUAGU